GACAGUCCUCAGGGAGGACUCAACUGGGGCUCGAAAAACUUAGACAUACAAGAUGACUUCCUUGGACAGCGACCUCAACCAGCACUUCCAGGAUGCAAUUGAUGUGAUUCAGCAGCAUUCACAUAAUUCUUACUAUGAUUCAGAGUACACUUAUUAUGAGACUCUGGGCUCCCAGCAGACAUCACUGCAGUGUCAGAUCUCCUGCUGCCUCGUCACACACCCAUCUGAUGUAACAGCUCCGGUGUAUGAGUGGAAUGACAUGGUUCAGCAGUCUUGGCCUCAAGUUAUGCCGGAUGUUUCCCUGAGUCACUCUGUCCAAAGUGAAAUCCCUCAGUUCUACUCAGUUUUACCACCACAGAGCAGAGGCAGCAAAGGCCGCAAGAAGCUCAGACUCUACGAGUACCUCCACGAAGCUCUGAAUGACCCCAACAUGGGCGACUCCAUCCAGUGGACGGACAGCAGUAGUGGCACCUUCCACUUCAUCUCCAAGAACAAGGAGAAGCUGGCCGAGUGCUGGGGCCAACGCAAGGGCAACCGCAAGACCAUGACCUAUCAGAAGAUGGCCAGAGCUCUGAGGAACUACAGCCGUACCGGUGAGAUCAUGAAAGUCAGACGCAAACUCACGUACCAGUUCAACCCGGACAUCCUGCACAGGCUCGGCUCUACACAGGUGAGCAUGCACCUGUCGGGCCACCACGUGCAGGAGGAGGUGGGUGCGUGGCAGCAGAGCCAGGCUGAGCAGGGCCUCUGUGGUCCUGCAGCGAUGCAGAGGCACAGACACAACUGUUUGAGGCACGUCCAGCUGCCGGAGGACUACGACCAGGCCUCCAGCUUCAGCUCACACAGCAUCACACAACUCUGAGCUGCAGGACGGUUUGAUCACAAGGGAGGAGCAGCCCUGUUUGAGAACGCUGAUCUACUGCUACCAAAGUUUUGCGGCCAAUCCCUUUAAGUUAACACAUUUUUUAAAAAGCGAUUUAUUGUAAACGUAUAAACGGUUGCUAUUAUUUUUUAAAGGCAUCUCCUAUAAAGACAUAUUUAGCAAAUAACUCUUUAAGCAGUCUGGGCUCUACUGCUAGCAAGAUAAGAUAUAUGGUCUCACGUUAGCAGGCUUAUCUUUCCAGUUAGCAUGACUUGAUUUGAAAAACUAACAAACACUGAUUUAAAGGUCUGUUUUUAUCUGAUAACCAGCUAUGAGGUAUGCUUUAGGACAGCAUUAUGUGACGAUUUUUAAAUCUCUAAAACCAACUUAAAAGUUAAAGGUAUCAUAUAAAAUUAUUUCUUGUACAUUUUAAACGUAAUAAUUGUGCUUUUGAUACAUUUUAAAUAUAUUUACUGUUAAAAGAGGU